AUGGCACCAACCGAUUUUCCAACGCGGAAAAGAGGACGACCGCGAACAUAUAUAUCUGCUAAGGAAAAGCAAGCAUCGAAUGUCAUACGACGGCGGAACCACCGACAGUCCACCCGCGCUGUGCAUCGAGCCCAGCAAUUCGAUCAGCACUAUGCUCCUACAGUGCCUCUGUCUCUUGAUAUCAAUGAACCUCCAUCGACCCAUUUUCCUCCAGGAGAACUCUCGAUCGCUACUGAGGUAGAGCAACUUCUACCGCCUCUCAGCCCCAACCUUAGGUCAUGGGAACCAUCGGUGCCUCAUAUCCCACCGAUCGAUAACGUGUCGUUCGAACUCACGAGUGAUCUCGCCCACGAUGCUACUACAGCGAUAUCGCCGGACAAUCUACAAGAAGGGAGGAAUGGAGCCGGUUCUAUUCGAGCAGCGACUGAAAGCCCGGUCCAAGCGACCGAGUCGUUCGCGCUUUUAGCUCCUGAGCAAUCGGACAGCGUUACAACCAGCGCAGCAAGUGAUAUCUAUAAAUUAGCCCGGCUUCUCACGGACCAACUCCAACAACACCAUGGCUGCUGCCAACAGUGCCAUACGCAGCAGCAGAGUGAACAUCAAAUGCAGCAUACGGAGCAUCUCGGCCUCGGAGAGUACAUGCACCGGAUUCAGGCAGAUAGGGGAUACCCGGAUGUUCUCAGUACCGCGACAAUGGCUAGAUGGGAGGACAACCUCGCAGGUCAGACCAGCGCCGACCGAAAACGGGAGAUCUAUACCGGGAUCCAUUCCACCACGCCUAACGCUCGGCCAGUCCACCUCUGCCUUGCUGCUGACCAUAAGCUAGAACGCCCGACCGCGGUGACUUUUGAUAUCGAUAGUGUUGUGGGAUUUGCGCACAGCCUCGCAGUGGCUAAACUCGGAGUGCGGUGGAACUCGACUCAGAUGCCUGUCUCAGGUCUUCGUUCGGGCCUGCACCUUGAUCCUCUUCCUGUACACUAUAUUGGAAGCAAUGGUCGCGCUCAUCACGUCCAUCGGCCGGUACAUAAGAUUCCACAUUAUACGUUCGGGCGCUUGGUCGGAUUUGAGGACAUAUCUCUUUGCUUCCUAUUCCCACGGCUAUAUCGAGGAGAGCAGCAAUGUAGCCGCCUCCGUGAUGAUGAUUUUCGGGUCUGGAUGGACCAGAUCCUCCUCCCUGCAAUCUACCGCCAUCACGACGGUUCGCUUGUCCAGCAUUAUCCUUCUAGCUUUGACCACAGCCGGCUGAAUGCUACAGCCCGGGGUGUUGAGAUGCGCUCGCAGCGAGUGGAUCCCGUCGCUCGGGAGCAGCUUCUCUUCUAUUUCCUCCCACCAGAUACACUCUCGCUUGUGUGGGCGAGUAUUCUCGAGACUAUCGAGAGCGCUGGACCCCAGCAAUUCUCGGACGUGACCAUCCUAGUCCAAGGCAAAAACCUGAAGACAUUGACCAAAGCGAAUACGUGGGACAGUAUGAUGCAGGAGUUUGCCCAGCAUUGGGGUAACACGAUCGACGAGUCUCAUCUCUCCAAUCAGUUCUAUAUCGAUCUUGGGAAAGAGACCUGCCCUGCUGGGCGCUCACAGGUUGGCGGUGGGAGACUCGACGCAUCAAGGCACCGUUCGGACGGAGAGCCCCGUGCAAACCAACUGGUGCCACAGACCAUCCUCUGGCGGCGAUGCUGCUUAGAGUCAUAUGCUGAGUGGAUUGGGCAGCAGCAUCCUCCGGAGAUCCCACGUCCAAAGCAACAGUUUUAUCCGAUCAGCCUGCUCCACGAUACUGGCAGCCUCACAUUAGAAACUCGUCGAUCCUCCCCGCAGCGGCAGGCAGGUCUUCUCUAUACGCAGCUUUAUUCGAGCGUAAAGGAGGUUUUUGCGGCAGGGGAUGUAUACCCAUUUUCGAACCCGGCCCUAGAAACAUUGGCACUAGAUCCUCAGCUACGCAAGACCUGGCAGCAAGUCGGGGGCGGUCUCAGUCACGACCCCGUCGCGUUAAUGCGGGCUUAUCUGAACAUGAAGCAGCGGUGCCAUGCUGCCCUGCAAGGAUCACAUCUCAAGGUCUUCGGGCUUCGCGAGGAACACCGCGUUUCACUACGCCUGUUCUAUAUGAUCGACCAGGAGCUUCGCGAGCGAAAUUCACAUAACACGCGACUUCCGGGAGUUCCAUCUCCGGUGGCCUUCUACAGCGUGUAUCUGGAUGCUGGCGGGACGUCUGGUUCCAGCCAGAUAUUCGACAGGCGGACGGCCUUCGCCGGUGUGAAGGUCUGGGGUUCCAGAGGACUAUGUCCGAGUACGGAUAUGCCUGGUUCCUGGAUAAGCUCAACUGGGAUACGAUGA